AUGCGACCCCAACGAGAUGUGUCGGAGCCAGAGGCGCCGGCCAAGCGGCCCAGAGUGUCGGUCGCAGCAUGGGUCACCUCAUCCACACAGAGUGCAGAUACAAGAGAGCUCCCCGCACCAACUACUUGCUCUGAAGCCUACAUUCGCGAUCGAGACUCUGUGUUUAUUGGCUAUGUAUACCCACUCGUCACAGCAUCACCGACGUAUCGGAGCGCUUUGCUGGAAAAUUUAAGCCACGUUGUACACCCCCUCAUUCCGAAUGACCAAUUUCCACCGCAGUUCCAAGACAUUGCGCCUAAAAAGCGGAAGAGUACGCAUGAUAUGUACGCAUUUCGCGUGAUGCAGCUCAAACCUGGACGGAAUGGAUUGGGCGGACCGAGCGAUUUCGGCACCGCUGAGGGACAUGACGACGACGGAGAGACAUGGGGCUCUGAAAAAAUAAUGCGCGUCAUACGCGAAAUGGGCGCAAGCGACGUUCUUGUGAUUGUGAGCCGUUGGUACGGUGGUCAAAUGCUGGGGCCCGUGCGAUUCCAACACAUUACCCAUGUGGCACGCGCUGCGCUCCAAAAGCAUUUCGAUCUUGAGGCUUUGCAAGAGUGCCGCCAGCAGCUGCAAAGCAUGGAUGCCAAGAUUCAGGCUCUGCGACAAGCACCCGUGCAGUCCCAUGCAUACGAAGACUUAACUAUGGAUCGGGCCAGGCGCCUCCUCCUCGCGCGAAAAAAGACGCUAGACGCACUUCAACGUCCUAAAUCAUAA